CUGGGUGAGACUCAAGAGCUUUUUAUCUUGUGGGGCUUCUUCAUUUCAGGACCCUUGCCGCGUUCUGCUGGAGGGUGUUUCUCAGAUUGUUCCUGGUAUCUCAGUGCCAUGGGGAGCAGAUGCCUGCUCCUGCUCUCAGGUCUCAGUGUCCUGCUGGCUCUGUCAGGGUCAGAAGCAAAGAAUUCUGGAGCUUCCUGUCCUCCGUGCCCUGAACAUGCCAGCUGCUUCAACAAUACCCAGUGUGCUUGUAAAGAUGGGUUUCAGUCCGCGUCUGGGAGGAGGUACUUCCUUGAAGCUAAUGAGACGUGUGAAGAUAUUGAUGAGUGUAAGACCGGACUGGCAAAGUGCAAGCAGCACUCAUAUUGCAGAAAUGAAAUCGGACAUUACAGCUGCAGCUGUAUCCAAGACAGUUUGAUCUUCAAAGUGCUGUCUUUUUUCAUUAACUUGAAUCCAGAAUGCAACGAGAAACCUGUUGAGGAGACACAGAUGAUUUGGACCAAUCUAAAGAACAAUGGAAGCAAAGAGUACAUUGCAAAAAAGGCUACGCAACUACUUCAAAGCGUGGAAUCAAGCAUAUUGAAUGAGAGUUUUGCUUCUCCAGGAAAGCAUGAAGAUCCUGUGCUUAAUAUAGUCUAUGAAACCAAGAGGUGCAAUGAGACAAGUGAGAAGACUGUUCUGGAAGCUGGAAAUAACACAAUGGAUCUGAACUGCACUGACGCUUUCAAAGGAAACACAGGAGAUAGGAGUACGGUUGCACUUAUUGCUUAUCAGUCUCUUGGGGAUAUUCUAAAUGGAUCCUUUUUUAACAAUAGAAGAGGAGCAAUGGAAGUGAAGCUGAACUCUCAUGUUGUGAGUGGCACCAUUGGUAUGAAGGAAAAAGUUUAUCUGUCUAAACCUGUGUUCCUGACCUUCAAACAUACUCAGCCUAGUGUUGUAAGAGCCAAACAUUUGUGUGUCUCCUGGAAAGAAUCGGAAGAGGGAGGCAGCUGGUCAACGGAGGGCUGCACUCAUGUGGGCAGUACUGAGUCUUACACCAAAUGCAAGUGCUUCCACCUUUCCAGCUUUGCUGUCCUCAUGGCUCUUGCUCCUAAGGCAGACCGCGCCCUGGCUGUGAUCACCUACGUGGGGCUGAGCCUGUCUGUGCUGUGCCUCCUCCUGGCGGCCCUCACCUUCCUGCUGUGCAAAGCCAUCCAGAACACCAGCACCUCCCUCCACCUGCAGCUCUCCAUCUGCCUCUUCCUGGCCAACCUGCUCUUCCUCACGGGGAUUAAUCAAACUGAACCGAAGGUGCUGUGCUCCAUCAUCGCAGGCGUGUUUCACUACCUCUACCUGGCCUCCUUCACCUGGAUGCUCUUUGAAGGGCUGCAUCUCUUCCUCACCGUCAGGAACCUCAGGGUGGCCAACUACACCAGCACAGGCAGAUUCAAGAAGAGGUUCAUGUACCCUUUGGGCUACGGGAUUCCAGCUCUGAUUGUGGCUGUGUCUGCAUCAGUAGGACACGAAAAUUACGGAACAUACACUCACUGCUGGCUCAAGCUUGAUAAAGGGUUCAUGUGGAGCUUCAUGGGGCCAGUGGCCAUCAUUAUCUUGAUAAACUUGGUGUUCUACUUCCAAAUUCUGUGGAUUUUGAGAAGCAAACUUUCCUCCCUCAAUAAAGAAGUUUCCACCAUUCAGGACACCAGAGUCAUGACAUUUAAAGCCAUUGCUCAGCUAUUUGUCCUGGGCUGUUCUUGGGGCCUUGGAUUUUUUAUGGUUAAUGAAGUUGGGAAUACAAUCAGAUCAAUCUUUGCCUACAUGUUCACCAUCAUCAAUGUUCUGCAGGGGGUUUUUAUCUUUGUGGUGCACUGUCUCCUUAAUCACCAGGUACGGAUGGAAUACAAGAAGUGGUUUAGAGGGAUGCAGAAAGGAGUUGAAACUGAAACCACUGAGGUCUCUCACUCUACUACCCACACCAAAGUGAAUGCAGGUGGCUGUGUUGGGCCGGCCGAUGAAGAGUACGGAGCAGAGGAAACAGAAGGCGAGAGAGAUGAGCAGGACGUAGCUGAGAGUCUGAUUACUGUCCUUGGCAAUGGGAGUUCUCAGCGCCUCACAAGGACUCCAAGGACCACACCUGUGACAACAGAGAACCAAACAGCCAUGCGAGCCACGGUCAUUCCUACAGAGUCUUCAAAUUCCAAGGAUGUUACGACUUUGGGCAGGCAGCGAUUUCUCUCAUUGUUUGGAUACUGGCUUCCUGGACACUCUGUACAUUGAUCUUCUAUCUGAAAAAAUAGCAAGUCUCAGUGUUUCUGUUUCAGCCAUUCUUCCCUCUUCCCAAGACACACACACACAGACUCACACAGACACAAAAAAUAUCCCUUCUGAUGUGGUUAUCAGACACAAAGUUACAGAGACAUUACAUUAAUAAAUUUUCUCAUGAAAACAGAUGAUGUUUUAUAGAAUUGUAUGCUUGAAACCUAUGUAAUUUUACUAACCAAUGUCACCCCAAUACAU